AUGUUUAUUAUAUUUUUUGCCAUCUUUAUUUUUACUGCUGGGGUAUUUACUUCAGAAUUCAACCUUUUAGAUCAAACUUACUAUGAUCUAAAUAACGCUAAAGAAAUAUUUGGACACUUCAUUGUUAAAUUUGAGAAGGAAUAUGACGAAAGAAAUGAAUAUCGUUUUGAAGUGUUUAAAGAGAACCUUGAAAAGGUGAAUAAAUGGAACACGCAGGGUAUGGGAAAGUUUGGAAUAAACCAAUUUUCAGAUAUGACUUUUGACGAAUUUGCUCAAACUUAUUUAUGUUUUAAUGGUAAUGUGUCAAUGGAUGGUGUGAAAUUUAAAUCAACUGGUAUAGAGGCACCCGCUAGUGUGGACUGGCGUAAUAAUGGCUAUGUUACAUCUGUUAAAGACCAAAGUCCUUGUGGAUCAUGCUACUGUUUCAGUGCUAUUGGUAAGAAUAAUGGUGUUAAUACUGAAAUAGAGAAAAGAGAUGUCGUAGCGUAUUUGCAGAAUGAGAAUUUGAAAAAAGACUAUGCUAAAAAUCAUAACACGCAAGCAUUCAGUCUUUCACCUCAACAAGGAUUAGAUUGUGAGACCACGGGCACAUGUGACGGAGGCUGGCCUCACAAGGUCAUGCAGGCUUUAGCAAAUGAAGGUGGAUCCAUGCGAGAGGAAGAUUAUCCCUACGAAGGUGCUAAGGCUCAAUGUAGAACACAGAAGAACAAAAUUGCUGUAACAGUGUCUGGUGGAAACCAGGUAUUUGUCUCCAGUGAAGAUGAACUCAAGGAAACAGUUGCUAAUCAUGGCCCUACGUCUAUUGCUAUAUGUGCCAAUGACGAAUUUAAAUCUUACAUGGGAGGUGUUUACAGUCCCAGGAACGGUUGCUCAAAUAUAAAUCAUGCUGUUCUCGCAGUCGGCUAUGGAAACGAUGGCACAAACGACUACUGGAUCAUCAAGAACCAAUGGGGUCUACAGUGGGGGGAGCAGGGGUACAUGAGGUUGGUUAUGGGACAACGAGCGUCUGAAUGCAAUGAGAAACAACAAUACGUAAUAAUGUCGUUUCUGACCAUUUGUCUUGUCUCUUGUGCAAUCACUACAGUACUUGCUAAUUUUGAUCUUUUGAAUCAAAAAUAUUACGAUCUAGACCAAGCGGAAGAAAUUUUCCAGCAAUUCAUUGAAAAAUAUGAUAAAUCGUACGAAGGGUAUGAAUACAAUACGAGAUUUGAAAUUUUUAAAGAAAGUUUGAAAGAAAUAAACGAAUUAAAUGAAGAAGACGAUGAUGCCACAUUUCGUAUAACUAGCCUAUCUGAUAUAACUGAAGAAGAGCUUAUAAAUGUAUACACAGGAGUAAGUGGUAAUAUGACAACCGAGGAAUUCGAUUUUGAAUCUUAUGUAGAAGCUCCAGAAGAGUUAGAUUACCGUAAAAAUGGUUACGUAACUGACGUCAAGAAUCAGAAACAAUGUGGAUCGUGCUAUGUAUUUAGUGCUAUUGGUAACAUCGAAGGACAGUAUGCAAAGAAACACGGAAAAUUAUUGGAUUUAUCCGAACAACAAGGUUUGGAUUGUGAUAAAGCUGAUCACGGUUGCAGAGGAGGACAUGUGCAUCAUGUUUUCAAUGCUUUAAAGAGGGAAGGAGGCAGCAUGCUGCAGCAGGAUUAUCCCUAUAAAGCAGUUCAAGGACAAUGCAGUACAAAACGUAACAAGGUAGCUGUCAAAGUGGUGGGAGGGGGAAGACUGCGUGUGAGGGGGGAGGAAGCGCUUAAAACGGCUCUGGCUAAUCAUGGACCUUUGUCAGUUUACAUGUUCACGGCACCAGAGAUGCGAAAUUUAGGUAAAGGAGUUUACAAGCCCAGGAGAUGCGACUCCGGUCUACAUGCAGUCACUUUGAUUGGUUACGGCAAAGAGGGCUCCACCAACUACUGGCUCAUUAAGAACUCAUGGGGCAAACAGUGGGGCGACCAGGGGUACUUCCGCAUGGUCAUGGGGCAGAGAGCAUGUGGUAUUGGGCUCAUAUACACAGCUUGUGCCAAAGUAGCUUAACUUAACGAAUUUCGAAAUAAAUGUUUUAUUCUCAA